AAUAGGAAAUAGAGAAUAGAGAGAUAAUGGUCUUGUGUAGCAAAAGAAGGUUGUAAACCUAACUCUCCAAAUCUCCAUUUGAAUCUGUAGAAAUUUCUCGAUUACAAGGAAUUCGCCAUUUCAGUCUGCAGAUUACAGAUUACAGAUAAACUAAAUGUCUGUGUUCUACCAAAACAUGAAUAUUAGAGGUUGCACUGGUAUUGCCAAACCUGGUCUCUUACUGAUGCAGUUGGACUUGCCGACUUUUAGGCUUGGCGAACUACAUAUGAUUCCCACUUUAACACUUCCAUUACCAUGUUAUCAUCAGAAGAAAACAGGUCUUAAACUUAGGUGUCGGCACUCAGUGGCUGAAAGAUCAUUUUCUAGCUCUCGAGCUGUGUCUACACAGAAGCCAUACACCAACCAGGUGAAGAAGAAAGAAGAAGGUGCAUCAUCCUUGUAUAUGCGCCCUAGUUUGCUAGAUAUGAAGAAGCAGAAAAUAGAAAAUCGAGCCCGAGUUUAUGAGUUUUUGAGAGGGAUUGGUGUGGUUCCCGACGAACUUGAUGGGCUAGAACUACCUGUUACAGUUGAUGUCAUGAGGGAACGUGUGGAUUUCCUCCACAAAUUGGGACUUACAAUUGAGGAUAUUAAUAAUUAUCCACUUGUUCUUGGCUGCAGUGUUAAAAAGAACAUGAUUCCAGUACUAGAUUACCUUGGAAAACUAGGUGUUCGGAAAUCUAGCAUCACUGAUUUCUUGAGAAGGUACCCACAAGUCCUCCAUGCUAGUGUUGUUGUGGAUCUUCAGCCUGUAGUUAAGUAUCUGCAAGGAAUGGAUAUCAAGCAAGCUGAUGUUCCUCGCGUUCUGGAGAGAUAUCCAGAGGUCUUAGGAUUUAAGCUUGAGGGGACCAUGAGCACAUCAGUAGCAUAUUUGGUCGGGAUUGGGGUUGGAAGAAGAGAAAUUGGUGGGGUUUUGACUAAAUACCCUGAGAUAUUAGGUAUGAGAGUAGGCCGUGUCAUCAAACCUUUUGUUGAAUACUUUGAAAGUCUAGGCAUUCCAAAAUUAGCUGUUGCUAGAUUGAUUGAAAAGAGGCCUCACAUCCUUGGAUUUGAAUUAGAAGAGAAGGUUAAACCAAAUGUUGGAUACCUUCUCGACUUUAAUGUCAGAGAAAGGUCACUUGCAGCAGUGGUUGCUCAGUAUCCUGAGAUUAUUGGGAUUGAUCUGAAGUCCAAGCUUCACACACAGCAAAGCUCAUUCAAUUCUAUCCUUGAUCUGGGUCCUGAGGAUUUUGGGCAGAUAAUAGAGAGGAUGCCACAGGCUAUAAGCCUUAGUAAAACAGCUAUAGUGAAGCAUGUGGAUUUUCUUAAACUUUGUGGUUUCUCUUUACAACAGAUAAAAAUGAUGGUUGUUGGGUAUCCUCAGUUGCUUGCAAUGAAUCUAGAUAUAAUGAAGUUGAAUUUCGAUUACUUUCAAUUGGAAAUGUCUAGGCCUUUGGAUGACUUGGUUGAUUUUCCAGCUUUCUUCACUUAUGGUUUGGAGUCCACAAUAAAGCCAAGGCAUCAACAAGUUGCAAAGAAAAAACUUAAAUGCUCCCUUUCUUGGCUUUUAAAUUGCUCAGAUGAGAAGUUCGAGCGAAGAAUGAGUUAUGAAUCUAUUGAUUUGGAGGAGAUGGAGCCUCAGGCCACGUUUGACAUGAAAUCUCUUAUGGGAUCUAGAUCAGAUGAGUCAGAUUAUGAAAUUGAUGACUAUGAUGAUGAAGAUAUGUAAUGUGUAUUCAACUUUGUAUUUUCAUGGGGAUUGUGAAUUGUUUCUCUGAUUCUCUCUCCGACGUUGUGGGAAUGUCCAUAUCGAUAAGGAUUGCAAGCAAUGAACGGAUUUGUGUAAUGGUUGUUAAUGGUCAUUGAUGUGCAAACAAGUUAAAGCACCAAGCUUUCAUUCUAUUGUGGGGAGUAAGCUCAAAAGAUCAUGUAUAAAAUGUUCCAUAUGUGUCUCAAUUACAACUCAGUAGCUGCCCAGAAGAUGAAGCCCCAUCGACCUUAGGAUCAGCCUGCCCGGCCACGCGGAUGGCCGGGUGCUUCCCUUCUCUUUGCUCGUGCUCAUCGCUGCUACGCUGCUGCUCUCUUGUCGUCAUACAUUGAUACUCGCUGCUGCACGUUUGCCGCUCGUCGUCUUUGUGCUUGCUUUCAUGAAUAUGUCUACAACACCAUCAUAUCUUACAUGACAGCCUCUUAAUGUCUUUUCGUAGCAUUCUCUUUACAUAUAUCUGGAAAUAUAUCCUCAAAACAUAAUUUAGGAUUCUUGGAUUUAUGUUCCUUUGAUAUAAAAUUUUGAGAACUGCUAUCAUGUGCACUUGUCGUAAAUAUGACUACUUAAAUUAUGAAUUACUUCUAUGUAUUAUGCGAGAGGAAGAAUGGGAAUGAUAAAUGUAGUCAACCUCCUGUUUAAGGAUAUGGUUACAACCUUGCAGUUUAAGGCUUGUUUCAUUGUUUGCAUCAUAUUCAGUUUUUUCAUUUUGAGAUUUUACAAGUCAUGUGAUAUAGCUGUAAGAGGAACUUACAACUAGUCAUACUUAUAUUAAUCAUGUUUAUCAUGAAACGAGACAAAAGAAAACUGGAAACUACGUUUUCUAGAUUCCAUAUUUUUAUUUUUUUUCUUUCUUUUAAGAAAAAGUGAAUACUAGAACAAGAAACCGUAAACGUACAUUUUAUUGUUACUCGUCGUGUUUACUCUCUUCUAAUAGUAGUCUAUC